AGAAGACGUCCAUCCACGGUGCGGGUCGCUGCUGUGGUCGUGAGUCGCGGUGGGAUCAUUCGUGAGAAGCCAUGGAAGACAAGGCGCAGAUACAGGAAGCGAUUAAAGUCCAGGGCGAAGUCGUUCGGAAGUUAAAAUCAGAGAAGGCGAGCAAAGAGCAGUGCUAGGGUUGCUUACCACUUUUUUCCUGUUCUUCCUGUCGGACCCCGCAUGACUUUGGCCUUCCUCGUUCUUCGUCGUUGUCGUCGUCAUCCAACCGUGGUGGACGGCGCUACACUCCUCCCUCCUCCUCCAUCUGCUGGUGACUGACUGGAACACUCCCACUGGAUAAUGCUACACACGUGACGCUCUCCUGAACUUUUUCCUCAUCCUAUUUCUGGACUUUAUUUUUUUUACCUCGUGCUGUGGAAUAACCAUGCUGGGCACGUUCUGUGUUCGUGUUUGCUCUGGUUUUCGGGCUACAUCGUGUGUCCGAACUCUGCACUCUCUGCCUGGGAUCACUGUGGCUCAGAUUGAUGAAGAAGUGGCCAAGCUGCUGGAGCUGAAGGUUCGCUUAGGAGGAGACGAUGGCAAACAUCAGUUUGUCCUCAAAACGGCAAAGGGAACGAGGGACUACAACCCCAAGCAGAUGGCCAUCAGAGAGAAGGUCUUCAACACCAUCAUCAGCUGCUUCAAACGCCACGGAGCAGAGACCAUCGACACGCCUGUUUUUGAACUUAAGGAAACGCUGACGGGGAAGUACGGAGAAGAUUCCAAGCUCAUCUACGACCUCAAAGACCAAGGAGGAGAGCUGCUGUCCCUCAGAUACGACCUCACCGUGCCCUUUGCCCGCUACCUGGCCAUGAACAAGAUAACCAACAUCAAGCGCUACCACAUCGCUAAGGUCUAUCGCCGUGACAACCCAGCCAUGACCCGCGGACGCUACCGAGAGUUUUACCAGUGUGACUUUGACAUCGCGGGGCAGUACGAUGCGAUGAUCCCAGACGCCGAGUGCCUGAAGAUUGUCCACGAAAUCCUCAGUGAGCUGGACCUCGGGGACUUCCGCAUCAAGGUCAACGACAGACGCAUCCUCGACGGGAUGUUUGCUGUGUGCGGCGUUCCAGACGACAAGUUCCGCACCAUCUGUUCAACAGUGGACAAACUGGACAAGAUGCCGUGGGAGGAGGUGAAGAAGGAGAUGGUGAACGAGAAGGGCUUGUCGGAGGAGGCUGCUGACCAGAUUGGGGAGUACGUCAGCAUGCAGGGCGGCAUGGACCUGGCUGAGCGUCUCCUUCAGGACCAGAAGAUGUCUCAGAGUAAGCUGGCCUGCGCUGGUCUGUCAGACAUCAAGCUUCUCUUCAGCUACCUUCAGCUCUUCCAGGUCACAGACAAGGUGGUGUUUGACCUGAGUCUGGCCCGUGGUCUGGACUACUACACCGGGAUCAUUUACGAGGCGGUGCUGACUCAGGCGGGCGUAGCGCCCGUCUCCAACGAAGCCCAAAACGGGACAAAUGCAGAGGAGAGCGUGAAUGUGGGCAGCGUGGCCGGAGGAGGACGAUACGACGGCCUGGUGGGGAUGUUCGACCCCAAGGGAAGGAAAGUUCCAUGUGUGGGCGUCAGCAUCGGCAUCGAGAGGGUCUUCUCUAUCAUGGAGCAGAAGGCUGAGGCCUCAGCAGAGAAGGUUCGAACCACCGAGGUCCAGGUCAUGGUGGCAUCUGCUCAGAAGAACCUCCUCGAAGAGAGACUCAGACUGGUCACUGAGCUGUGGAACGCUGGCAUAAAGGCCGAGGUGAUGUACAAGAUGAACCCCAAGCUGCUGAGCCAGCUGCAGCACUGUGAGGAGGCGGGGAUCCCCCUGGUGGCCAUACUGGGAGAGCAGGAGCUGAAGGACGGGGUGGUCAAACUGCGUGUGGUGGCCACCAGAGAGGAGAUGGACAUCGCCAGGACUGACCUCAUCAGUGAGAUCAGGAGGAGGACCUCUGAGGCUUAGACGCUCCCUGCUGGAUCAAACAGACGCUCUGCUGAACUUUGUACAGAAUUCUUCAUCUAUGGAGCAUGUCAGACACGAAGAAGACACACAUCCAUCUCAUUUUCAUAGCAGCCUGUGGAGCUCACGUCCUUCUCUUAGACACUCUGAUGGAGCUGAGAGCCAAAACCAGUGAAGCUAACAGUGUGUUUGAGGUGACGACGUGCUUUCAUGGAAUUUAAUGUGAAAGACGUGCGCUCGCCUUCAGUGUCCAUGUAAAGUAGGUUUACUGUUAAUCGGAUCAGUGUCGGCUGUAAAACUGCUCCUGAUCAGCUGAGAUUCAACUAAAAAAUACACAAAUGAAGGAUGGGGGUCUCUGCUCCACACGUUUCCUUUCUCCAUGACUUACUGCAAUUCCGCUUCCAGCUUCAACAUGUAACAUGAAAAAGGUCUGUUUCUACCUGUACUGCUCAGUGUCUGAAAUAAACACGCUCUGUCAUUCAGUUUUAUCAGCGCCAAACGACUGGCUGUA